AUGGAUAAACACCUUUCGCGUGUCAUGGUUGGUCUGAAGCAGCUGCCCAUCCGCACCCUGCUGGCCACUUUCUGGAAGGACCCGAAACGCCGCUAUGGCCUUUCGGCGGCGCUCCUGGCGGCGUACAUGCUGCUAGCGCGGUCGCUGCGAUUCCGGAGGCUGAAGCGGCUGCGAAGGGUCUAUGGCAAGUAUAGCACGCGAGAGGAGAUGGCGACCAUGACGGACCACGAUGCGUGGGAGAUUCAGAAGACAAUGCUUGUGAUGGAGUUCCCGUCUGCAUCGCUCAAGGCGCUGCAGUUUGCUUUAUUCAGAACAUACGGCAUCCCCACAAUCUCCGGCCUCCUCCUCCGCACAUCGCAAUUCUCCAACCCCGCCACCUCCUUCAAACGCUACGCCGACACAGGCGCCCUAAUCGGCCAAUUCAUGGCCUUCGAUCCGACCUCCGAGCGCGCACAAACAGCCAUUGCGCGCACCAAAUUCCUACACACGGGGUACCGCUCCAGCGGGAAGAUUCUCGAGUCUGACAUGCUCUACACGCUGAGUCUCUUCGCGCUGGAACCGAUCCGCUUCAUCGCCAUGUUCGAGUGGCGCGAGCUCAGUGACCUCGAGCAGUGCGCUAUCGGUACAUACUGGAAGAGUCUUGGGGAUGCGCUGGAUAUCAGCUUUGCGGUGCUGCCCUCGGGGCCGCAUGGGUUCAAGGAUGGGCUGCAUUUUCUGGAGGAAUUGAGGGAGUGGAGUGUCAAGUAUGAGAUGGACUAUAUGAAGCCGACGCCGCAGAAUAAAGAGGUUGCGGAGAAGACGAUGGAUGUGCUGCUGUAUGCGGUGCCGAAGGUGCUGAGGCCGAUCGGGGUGAAUUUUGCGAGCUGUGUGAUGGAUGAUAGACUGCGAGAGGCGAUGAUGUACCCACCACCCCCAGCGAUCUACAAAGCCAUCUUCUCCUCCCUCGUGACCCUGCGCCGCUUCUACCUCGGCCACCUCGCCCUCCCACGCGCAAACUUCCAACGCAUCGACAUCUUCACCGAUAAGCCAAACGAGUACGGCCGGUACUACGUCAACCUGUACGAGGCGAUUCCCUACUACGUCAAGCCGACGCUGUGGAAUCGCUGGGGUCCCGGCGCGUGGGUGAGCUGGGCGAUGGGGAUGCCGCUGCCUGGAGACGACGAUGACAAGUACUACCCGCGCGGAUUCGAUCUGGAGGAUCUGGGACCCAAGUACUUUGAGGGGAAGGGGAGGAAAUCCGUUGCAGAGAUCCGGGAGCAGUUGAAGAAGGAGCGCAGAGGGCAGUCGCCGUUUACGCCGGAGCUGCCGAGUGCGGAGGAUGCCAAGUUUGGGGAUUCGAUGGUAGAGAUUGUCAAUGGGGAUGUUUCGCCUGUUUGAUUGUCUUUUAUCUGUUUCUCUCAAAGAGAUUUGGCCUUUUAGAACUAUGCAUUGUAUGUCGUCAUGCGCGCAGGUGCACCCAUGGUUCGCGGGCCUGAGG